AUGUAUCUCCAGUACUACAUCAACGAGAAAGGGGACAAGGUCUACACCACCAAGAAGGAGUCGCCUCUUGGGGUGCCAACGCAGUCUGCUCACCCAGCUCGCUUCUCACCAGAUGACAAGUACUCUCGCCAGCGGUUCCUAUUGAAGAAGAGAUUUGGACUUCUGCCAACUCAGCAGCCAGCACCGAAGUACUGA